AUGCACGCAAAACUCUUGACAUUGCUCCUGGGCGGCUCUCAGUUAGCCCAGGCUGCUGUUGCUGGCCCUCGCCUGGCUAAAAGAGAUGGCGCUUCCCCAACCCUGCCUCACGAUGACAAGGCCACCGGCUACUGCACUUGGUGGAUUGACUACACCGAGACCUUGGCUUGCGAUACAAUCUUGCAGAACAAUCAGAUCACUAUCACCCAGUUCAAGCGAUGGAAUCCUUCUGUCAAGAACGACUGCAAGGACAUGACUAUUGGUCAAUCCUAUUGCGUUGAGGCCGCAUUCGAACCAACGCAGCCAGAGCCUGAGCCAUCAAGCGAACCAAAGCCCUCUCCAACCAAACCAUCCAACGGUAUCCAGACUCCAGAUGCAAUCCAGCCCGGCAUGGUCAGCAACUGCGCCAAAUUUCACUAUAUUGCCAACAGCGACGUUAAGUGUGCCGACGUUAUCAGCUACCAGAAAAUUACGCUCGCCGACUUUGUCAAGUGGAACCCUACUGUUGGAGAUGACUGCCGCGGUAUGUGGACAAAAGUUAACGUCUGCGUCGGCGUUAUUGGUGGCUCUCCUGCUCCUGCUCCCGCCACUACCACUACCACUACUGCAGGUAACGGCGUUCAGACGCCCCAGCCUACACAGCCUGGUAUGGUGAGCAACUGCAACAAGUUCCACUGGAUCGCUAAGGGUGUCGACUGUGACCAAGUUAUCAGCUACCAGAAGAUUACCCGUGCCGAAUUUGUCAAAUGGAACCCUACUGCUUUGGAUGAUUGCCGUGGUAUGUGGGCAGAAGUUAAUGUCUGUGUUGGCGUUAUUGGCGGUUCUCCUGCUCCUACUAGCACUACCAGCACUACCACAACUACCACUGCAGGUAACGGCGUUCAGACACCCCAGCCUACACAGCCUGGUAUGGUGAGCAACUGCAACAAGUUCCACUGGAUCGCUAAGGGAGUCAACUGCGACCAAGUUAUCAGCUACCAGAAGAUCACCCGCGCCGAGUUUGUUAAAUGGAACCCUACUGUCUUGGAUGAUUGUCGUGGCAUGUGGGCAGAAGUUAAUGUCUGCGUUGGUGUCAUUGGCGGUUCUCUUGCUCCUGCUCCCACUACUACUACCACUGCGGGCAAUGGCAUUCAGACACCCCAGCCUAUCCAGCCCGGCAUGGUCAGCAACUGUAAGAAGUUCCACUGGAUCGCCAAUAGCAACGUCAAGUGUGCCGAUGUUAUUAGCUAUCAAAAGAUCACAUUAGCCGACUUCGUAAAGUGGAAUACCGGCGUUGGUGCUGACUGCAGUAAAAUGUGGUCUGGCGUGAAUCAGUGCGUUGGUGUCUAA